CUCCAACAUGGAGGCUUUAGGGGGUUACCCUGUGAAGUCCUCCAGCCCGAGAGCCAAGCGUUUGACGGUGCUUCUGAGUAUGACCGUGGGGGUAGGAUGUCUGUUUCUUUUGCAGACUCAACUGGUGAAGCACAGAAAACCAAAAGACUUUUAUUCUUUCGACGUUAGAGACGCAAAGGGGAGGACGUUUUCUCUGGAGAAGUAUCGAGGAAAAGUUUCUCUAGUUGUAAACGUGGCGAGUUUCAGCGACGACACAGAGGCAAACUACAGAUUUCUACAGGAGCUGCACAGAGAGCUGGGCACCUCUCACUUUAACGUGUUGGCCUUCCCCUGUGGACAGUUUGGAGACACUGAGCCCGGGACCAGCAGAGACAUCGAAGCUUAUGCCAAGUCCACGUAUGGAGUCACGUUUCCAUUUUUCAGCAAAAUCAAACUACUGGGCACAGAGGCAGACCCAGCCUUCAGAUUCCUCACAGAUUCUGUGCAGAAAACUGUAAAGUGGAAUUUCUGGAAGUUUCUUGUGAACACAGAGGGAAAAGUGGUGCGAUUCUGGAGGAACACUGAAUCUGUGGAAAGUGUGCGUGAGGAUGCGAGAGCGAUGGUACGAGAAAUCAUCUUAAAGAAGAGAGUUGAGCUAUGACAGUGUUGCAGACUCAAACGUGUCUGUUCUGACAAGAGGAAACUCAUUUGUUGUGAGGAUCAUGUCUUCUUCUAACCCCUGCAUCAUUAAAAAGGUGACAGUCUGUCUGCAACAUCCUGAAGUGACUGAAAGCAUCAACAUUUGCAACAGAAAAAUGACCAAGACUUGUAUUUUUUAAAGAAUAACUUUAACUGAAACAUUUCAACCAAAGUGAUGUUUAUAAUGUUGAG